CAGGCUGUGAAUGCUAACAAGCUCCGUCGUAAUCACACAGCUCCGUAGGUAGGGUUCGAGAAAACGUCUUGCAAUGGAGAGGAACGACGACCACUAUUAAACACCUACUAUGCGCCAGUGCCGCGUUCGCCCUGUGCGCGUGCAGCAGCCUCACCGUCGUCGGCACGUUCGAUCAGAAAAACCGUCUUUUUCCGCUCAGUGAAAUGUAUCGCGACUGCUCGGGAUUCACAUUCUGACAAUGGAGAUUGAAAAUAUCGUGGCCAACACGGUUCUCCUGAAGGCAAGGGAAGGUGGAGGAGGGAAGAGGAAUGGUCGCAGUAAGAAAUGGAAAGAGAUGCUAAAACUCCCCCACAUCAGCCAGUGUGAGGAGCUACGCCGCACCAUCGAGAGCGACUACACCAGUCUAUGUGAGAAGCAGCCCAUUGGUCGGCUGUUAUUCCGUCAGUACUGUGACACCAGGCCAGAGCUGAAGCGCUGCAUCGAGUUUAUGGAUGCUGUGGCCAUGUACCAGCUAGCUCCUGACGAGAAGAGGAGGGACUGUGGACUGAAUGUUUUAGACACAUACUUUAAUAAUGGGUCGGCCGCCCAUCUGCCAGACAUACCCCAGGACGUGGUCGCUGGGUGUCGGGAGAGGCUGGAGCAGAGUCCGUGUAAGGAGCUCUUCAAUGACUGCACCAAAAUAGUUCGUGAUUAUCUGAGUGGGGCUCCAUUUUCCUCCUACCAGGAGUCCAUGUACUUCUCUCGCUUCCUGCAGUGGAAAUGGUUGGAGAGGCAACCAGUAACCAAAAAUACCUUCAGACAUUAUAGAGUACUAGGAAAAGGUGGAUUUGGCGAGGUUUGUGCCUGCCAAGUACGUGCCACCGGUAAGAUGUACGCCUGUAAAAAGCUGGAAAAGAAACGAGUGAAGAAAAGAAAAGGUGAAGCAAUGGCACUAAACGAAAAACGCAUUUUAGAAAAAGUUAACAGUAGUUUUGUAGUUAGUCUGGCAUAUGCCUAUGAAACCAAGGAUGCGCUGUGCCUGGUGUUGACCAUAAUGAAUGGCGGCGACUUAAAGUUCCACAUCUACAACAUGGGAAACUCGGGCUUUGACGAGCAGAGGGCCAUCUUCUACGCUGCUGAGAUCUGCUGUGGCCUUGAGGACCUGCACCGUGAGAGGAUAGUCUACAGGGAUUUGAAACCUGAAAACAUCCUUCUGGAUGAUCGUGGACACAUUCGAAUUUCAGACCUGGGUCUUGCUGUUCAAAUCCCUGAAGGAGAGACGAUACGAGGGAGAGUGGGCACUGUUGGAUACAUGGCUCCAGAGGUGAUCCAGAACGAGAGCUACACCGUCAGCCCGGACUGGUGGGGGCUGGGCUGCCUGAUCUUUGAGAUGAUACAGGGCCAGUCGCCCUUCCGCAAGCGCAAGGAGCGCGUCAAGCGGGAGGAGGUGGACAGACGGGUGCGCGAGGACCAGGAGGAGUACUCUGAUAAGUUCUCAGAGGAGGCCAAGGACAUCUGCAGACAGCUUCUUGCUAAGGACCCCAAGGAGCGGCUGGGUUGCCAGGGUCGAGGGGCCAUAGAGGUCAAACAGCACCCCAUCUUCAGAAACAUCAACUUCAAACGUCUGGAGGCCAACAUGCUGGACCCUCCUUUCAGCCCCGAUCCUCGGGCCGUGUACUGUAAAGACGUCCUGGACAUCGAGCAGUUCUCCACCGUCAAAGGCGUGAACCUUGACCCCACAGACGAUGACUUCUACCACAAGUUUGUGACAGGCAGUGUCUCCAUCCCGUGGCAGAACGAGAUGAUCGAGAUGGAGUGCUUCAAAGAAAUCAACGUCUACGAGACUGACGGGACGCUGUGCUCGGACCUCGACGUGAACCGGCCUAAUCCUCCACCAAAGAGAGGCUUCUUCUACCGCCUGUUCAGAAGAGAGGCAAGUGCUAGUGCUCCGCCAACUGUCCGAGGGGGUGGGGGCUAAGGUCUGCUUUAAGAGCGGCUACAGUGACGACGAGAUCGAAGAGCCCUCGCGACUUUAAACCACUCCCUCCACCCGCCUCCUCCUCCCCCCUCGCCGCUGAACUUCACCACAAACUCCAACCGAGCGCAAAUCUUAGGAACUCAGUGAAUGUUGACCUGUAUUUAUGAGCUGUAUUAAAAGUGUAUUAUAAUUAAAGAAAAAAGUAUGAGUUUAAAGAUUUUGUACAUUUGUACUUGAAUUUAUGUCUAGAUGUAUAUUUUCACUAAAGGUUGUAUUGUACAAAAAGCCAUAAAAGUACCACUUGAAUGCAUACAUUACAUUUUUAUUUCCUGUUUAUUUUCUUUUGGAAUGAGUAUGGAUAAUGUGUAUUGGGGAGUUUUUUUAAGAAGCACAGUACCAGUAGUCUUUUUAUUUUUCUCAAUGUAGCAUA